AUGAGUGAGAGCGAUCAAGCACAAGGCAGAGGCACAAACGUAUCACCAAACAACACUGGAAAUAAUGGUAGUUCGAAUGAUGAUAGAAUACCGCCAGAUUCAAAUGCAGCGUCCACCCAACUCAAUAAUAGUACCGAGCAAACAAGAAAUAUAACUGUUUCCAUUCAGUAUUCGUAUUUCACUCCGGAGAGGUUAGCACAGUUAAGUAAUACAUCCAAUAAUGGUAAUAGUGAAAAUAGUAAUGCGACUUCCACUAACACGAUUGCCAACGGUGCCGGACCCAGCUUUGGCAUCGGAAACGGGGGUCAUCAACCAGAUGGUGCUCUUGUUCUUUCCUUUCGGGAUGUUCCUGCAUCCACCCCACAAGACCGCUUGAACAGCUUUAUAUCUGUUGCUGCUCAACUUGCAAUGGAAAGAUUCAACAGACUAUUAAAUAGGCCAAAAGGCAUAACAAAGGAUGAGUUCGGUAAGUUGCCUGUGUUAAAGAUAUCGGAUCUCCCCACAUCUGAAGGACCCCUGUGCAGUAUAUGUUAUGAUGAAUAUGAAGAAGAAAACGAUAUUUCAAAAACAAAAAGAGAAAGAGAAUUUGAAGAUGAAGGAGAAUCUGAGGGAAUAAAAAAAAGGAAAGAUAACGGAGGUGCGCCAAUCACACAGACCACCACUGGCAAUAGUGGUAGUGCAACGGAUACAAAUGCUGAAAUUGCUGGGCAGUCUUCUACUCCUCUCACUGAGCAGCCUCUCACUCCCAAUGAUGAAGAAACAAAUCCAAGCUAUAAACACUCACCAAUUAAGCUACCUUGUGGCCACAUUUUUGGAAGGGAAUGUAUUUACAAAUGGUCAAGAUUAGAAAAUUCUUGUCCUCUUUGUAGACAUAAAAUUAGCGAGAAUGCAGGUGUUCAACGUGCAGCCGAACAAGAUACUGACGAAGUAGCGGCUAACGAAGCAGCCUUCGAGCGUAUUAGACGAGUUCUAUACGAUCCAACGGCGGGGAAUAACACUAGUGAAAAUGCGAAUGAAAAUUCUGCUACAUCUCAAAAUACUCCUAAUUCAACAACUCCUACUAUUGGAAACGCUAGUUCUGGCGAACAGAUGUUAUCAAGAACAGGGUUUUUUUUAAUGCCCCAAAACGGUCAAUCUCUACAUAAUUCAAUCCGUUUACAACCCAAUAAUAGCGAUAGAAACAUUCUCAACGAGGCGAACUCAACUGCUCAAAAUUCACCUUCAAACCCUGGUAAUUCAAAUAACAAUCAAAGUCCACGUUGGGUUCCUAUCCCCUUGACUUUAUUUCAAUUUCACAGUCCAAAUCCAAAUCCCUCCACUUCUGAUUCCUCAGUAGGUCCAUCGACGAUGAAUGGUGCAAACUCAAGUGGCACAGGUAAUGACACAAAUGACCCUCAACACAACAGGCUGAGAGCUGUUUUGGAUCAUAUAUUCAAUAUUGCUCAAGGGGGGACAUCAGAGCCCUCAGAAACGGCAACCACAGAAGGUCAGACUAUCCAAAAUCAAAGAACUAAUGACACAACAUCAUUUGAUGCAACCCAAGGAAGUCCUUUUUUGGAAAACAUUUCGCGAUUGACGGGCCAUUUCAGGAACAGCUCAAGAGGUAGUAAUAACGAGAGCAAUGACGAGAGCAAUGACGAGAGCAGUAACGUCAAUAACAACAAUAUUGAUCGACAAGGAAAUGGAAGUGCUAACAACAAUGAUAGAAAUAACCUAUUUUCCUCCGGUGUUGCAAGCUAUAGAAACCCAAACGGUGAUGUUACUACCGUUGAACUACCCAAUAAUAAUUCUGCUCUUCCUUCUGCAGAUGAAGAUUCAUCCCAAAACCAAGAUUCAAGUAGCUCAGAAACGACUAUUCAUAACAAUGCCCCUAACGAUAACAAUGAGCAACGUUCAACGCAGUAG